AUGUUUUCUUGCACUGUGAAGUGAAUAGAAAGCUAAAGGAUAAGAUUUGAAAUUGAUCUUGUUACUUUUCACCAAGCCAGGAACUGCUUGAGACACGCAGAUUGCAAAAACUUUGUAUUUACUUCCUCAUAUGGUCUGCUGAGAAAUUAAACAUUUCCUUUUACUCUACAUACUUAAAAAUAUGCCUAUUAAUGAUGUUAACCUACACUUAAUGUAACCGUAAAAAAAACCAAAAAAAACCCUUUCAACAGUGCUUGGUACAUAUUUCAGUUCUGCAUCGAGAAGAUGAAGCUGUUUCUCGUUUUUGGCACAAUCUGCCUGAUGGCUCAUGUUGGCUUCAGUCAACUUCCAGGUCCUCCUGGUGCCAAAGGUAGCAUAGGACAUACUGGGCCUCCUGGUGUGCGCGGACCGCGUGGUAGGCCUGGAAGAGACGGUGUGCCUGGAAUAGAAGGUAGACCAGGUCUCAAAGGGGAUCUUGGUGCAUCAGGGUAUCCCGGAAUUCCAGGAAUCCCCGGAUAUCCAGGGAAGUGUACACACGACACCAUUGCUUCCCAGUGUCAGGACAUUGAAGCCUUAUCGGAGAGUAUUUCAAAGCUACAGCAGGCUAUAAACUACGACUUUGUGCUGCGAGUUGGUCAGAAAUACUUUGUGUCCUACAAAGAGAGAGACUCUUUCUCCAAAGCUGUCGAGUUCUGCACCCAAAGAGGCUUGGAGCUGGCUUUGCCCCAGAACGAGGAGGAGAACAACAUACUGACUCAGUUCUUUGGGGAUGUUUACAAAAUGGCUUGGAUUAAUGUCAAUAAUAAAAAAGCAGAGGGGGAUUUUGUGGUGGAUAUGAAUAACAGACCUCUGACCUUUACCAAAUGGGGGGAUAGGCAGCCUGAUAAAUCCAUCCAGGACACAGGCUGCACCAUGCUGUCAGAAAACGGUGUGUGGAGUGUGACACAGGAGUGCUUUCUGAAUGGUUUCAUCAUAUGUCAGAUAUAGAAAGUUCUCAGUCCUUACAGAGUCUUUCUGCAGUGUGAAGGAUCCUCAUUUUUUCUGCACAAUGUAUCUUUCCCACAAGGUUAAGUGUUGAAGUUUAGUAUCUUCUUACAGGAGUAUUCCUGAUUUUCUUAAAGUAGGGUCCUAUUUUGAUUUUUUUAACAACUAGCAUGUUCAUGUUGUUGUGGAAUUAUUACAGUUGUUUGCUGCGAUGUAACCGUUUGAGGCAAUUACAGGCCAGCAAUUAAGGUCCACAGAAAGCAUAUUUUUCAGGAAACUGCUCAGAUUGUUAUUCAAAUGAACUGUGUGUUUAUAUAGUGCCUUUUCUAGUCCUCAGACCACUCAAAGUGCUUUUACAUUACAAUUUACACACAACACAUGUAUGAAAAUGUGAAAAACUGUCUGUUUUUGUGUGAAAAAAUAAACUGUAGACUCUUCAAAGUGCAUUGAUUACAACAAAGAACU